UUUAAGGUGCUUAUUUGUUUCAGUUGUUGGAGAGAAGACGCCAGGUCAGGUAGUUAAGCUCGUAGCUUAGUAGAAUUGUGGUGUAUUGGUUGCGGAUAAACGAGAGUGCCUACAAUCUACUUUUUCUAAUCGGUUUUGAGUUUUAUUGCGAGAUUACCAGAAAGCAAUCAUACAUGGCACAGUUAAGACCGUUGAUUCCGAAGCUACAAGAGCGUGCAAUCUCGGAGCUGAAUGAGGUGCCAGAACGUCUUCAGGAUGACAUUCAAGCUCUAAGGGACUGGAUUGAGAAGCAACCACAUCUGCGAUCGAGAACCUCAGAUCAAUUUUUGGUUGCAUUUCUGAGAGGAUGCAAGUUCAACACGGAGAAGGCCAAACACAAACUGGACAAGUACUACACUCUUCAAGCUGGAAUACCUGAAGUCUUUAAUAAUCGCUUCGUCGAUGACCAAAUUUUGUUGGAUAUCAUUAGAAUGGGAGUGAUGUUGAGACUCCCACGUCUUGAAGGCGAUGAAGGACCUUGCAUCAAUUUAGUUCGUACCACAAUCUACGACACUGAUAAAUAUAAGUUUGCCGACGUUAUCCGACUUGGUGUCAUGUUCGGGGAGAUUGUGAUGCUCGAAGACGACAAUGCAGUCAUUAACGGCUAUGUGGAGGUAAUGGACAUGCAAGACGUCGGAGCAAAUCACCUUUUCCAACUGCAUCCAAGUUUGUUGCGAAAACUCUCUGUUUUUGCCGACGAAGCAAGCCCGAUGAGACAAAGAGGUACUCAUUUCAUCAACGUUCCACCGCCAUUUGAAGCUGGAUUUAGGGGAAUCAAAUCUUUCUUCCCAGAAAAGGCUACUAAGAGGAUUCAUUUGCACGCCACAGGAACUGAAACACUACACGAACACAUUCCCAAAAAGUAUCUUCCCGUCGAAUAUGGUGGAGAAAAUGGAAGUAUUCCCGAAAUCAUAGCCUCAAUGGAAAAGCUAUUCUUCAGUUAUCGGGAUUAUUUCAAAGAGAAUGUCAAUUUCGGAGUAUCGGAGGAGUUGCGAAAGUCAGAAAAAGCAAUCGAUUAUAAUAGUAUUUUCGGUAUCGACGGAUCAUUUAAAAAAUUAACUAUCGAUUAAUGUAAUUAAUGGACAAAAGAAACAAGAUUAAUUUUCAAGAACAUCAAUAAAACAAAAAUACAAUACUGA